AACUGCAGUUGUCCUGCAUGCUGCUCUGUGGUCAGUCCCACCGGGAAAGGUUUACUAAGGUUCUUCCAACCACAACCCUCUCUUGUUCGCUAGAGUUAUCCUAUGAAGUGUGGGUUCUGCGGUUUUCUGAGCUCAAGUCAAGAAGCUCUAUUGAGGCACCAUAGACUACGACACAGAAGAGGAUCUCACUGGCCCUGUAUCUACAGUGACUGUGUGUGUACCUUCAAAACACCUGGCGCGUUAAAAUCUCACCUUACCAGAUCACAUUGCAGGACUGUAAGAAGGCAGGUGACAUCGUCUUUUUUCUGUGAGUUAUGUGAAUUUAAAGAAACUUGUACUGAGCGCACUUUUUUCACUCAUCUGGGACAUCAUUUAAAAAAUCAACACACUGUGCAUUGCCCCUUCCUGCGGUGUGAGUUUAAAACUAACAAUCUUAAAACAUUCAGUUCACACAGAAGCAGAAAGCACAAGAAUGCAAAGGACAUUAGAACUUGUCUAAGAGUGCAUUCUGAAAAUGAAACCUGUGCCAUUGACACUCAUAUCGUUGACCAGCCAAUAGAUGACUUUGUUGAGGUAGAGGCAUCAGAAAGUGGUUCAAGUAACAACGGUGGGGAAGAAUAUGUAGAAGCUGAGACUCUUGAACAUAAAAUUGCAUCUCUUUUUCUGUGUAUGCAAUCAGUAUUGCAUGUCUCCAAAAGUGCUUUACAGAAAAUCGUUGAAGAAUUUAAUGAUAUUCUGCACUUUUCUAAAGUUCAUUCCCUUCAAAAAAUCAAAGAAGUGUUUACUAAACAUAGUAUUGAAAUAGAUGAUUGUGUUGUGAAAGAAAUUAAUGAUUCUAUAUUCCAAACCAAUCCACUUAUUUUGACUACUGAGGCAAAAGGUGCGCUGUCCACUAAUCACAGGAGAAAUCUCUAUUUUAAACAGCACUUUCCUGUAAUUGAACCAACUGAAUAUACGUAUAGCACAACGCAUAAAAAUACAUUUGUGUAUGUUUCAAUCAUUCAGGUUCUAGAGAAUUUACUGGGACGGUCAGAUUUUUUAGACAAGUUAGUGUUUAUUAAAGUAGAUAAACCUGGUCAGUACAGGUCCUUUCAAGACGGUGUGUACUUCAAAGAAAACAAACUUUUUGGUGUGCAAGAGACAAGUAUUUCUAUAGGACUGUACAUUGAUGAUUUCGAAGUAUGUAACCCAUUGGGGACAUCCAGAAAAAUUCAUAAGAUUACUGCGGUCUAUUGGGUUGUGCUCAAUUUACCAACAAAGUUUCGCUCUUCCCUGCCAUUAAUUCAGCUGGCUGCUCUUGGAAAGAGUGUUGAUAUUAAACUGUUUGGGUAUGAUGCAUUUCUUUAUCCACUGAUCAAGGAUAUACAGUCUCUGGAAAGGGAUGGUGUGUUUGUUGAGGUUCUAGAUACGUUUGUAAAGGGAACAGUUUUUUGUGUCUGUGCAGACAACCUUGGGGCCCACAGCCUUGCAGGCUUUCAUGAAUCUUUCAAUGUUGAAAAAUUUUGCAGGUUUUGUUGUCUUAGUCGAGACCAAAUUGCAACUGUCGAGGCAAGGGAUUUUCAACUAAGAACUGUACAACAGCACAACAUAUUUGUGGAGGAGCUUGAGUCAAGUGAUAAACAAAGUGUAAACGGUGUUAAAAGGGCAUGUGUACUGAGUAAGCAUUUGUCUUACUUCCAUCCAAUUACUGGAUUUCCCCCAGAUAUUUUACCUGACUUCUUUGAAGGGGUUAUUCCAGUAGAGUUAUAUGUUCAUUUCUAUGGGACCCAGUAUGUAAAGGGCAUGAUAGUUUCUGCUGGGCAAUGCAGUGGACUGCCACAUUUCUACAAGAUACUGAACAUUGUGGUCAACUUUGAGAAAGUGUCCUUUGUCAGUAGAAAGCUCUCCUCUUGGUUUAUCGAACAUUACAGGUCUUACCAAGUAACUGACAGCGGCACAGACAUUGAAAUCCUGGAUCCAGAGGCUUUGAAUGAUUACCACCCUUUGGCUGCAUACCCAGUUGCUGGAAAGUUAAUGGUGACCCCCAGGACGUGCCUGCUGCAUUGA